GCCACACUCCAACGUCUCUUUCUCUCCUCAAAUCCCUCCCCUUCUCUCUCCCUCUCCGCCCACAAAUCUCUCCUCGACGUAUCCUCAAAUCCCUCCCCCUCCCCUUCUCCUCCCGAUCGGCGGCCAGAGAUCGAGCGAUGGCGACGGUAACGCCGGGGGUCCUGCUGCGCCUGCUUCAGGCGAUGCACACGGACGAGCGGGUCACCGGGGAGCACCGCUCCCCCGCGCUCCAGGUCACGGCGGUCGUGCCCGCGCUCACGGCCUCCACCGCCGACUCCCUGCUCUGCCCCUCCAACGGCUUCCUCCUCCAGCUCUCUGACGGCCUCCACUCCACCUACGUCCAGCCCUCCCCCGCCGACGCCGACGCGCUCCUCUCCGUGCGGCCCCACAUCGUCGGCCACCUGGUCCACCUCGACCGCCUCCGCUUCGCCAGCCCGGUCCCCCGCGCCGUCGGCCUCCGCCCCGUCCCGUCCUCCCGCUCCCUCCCCUGCGUCGGCAACCCCGAGCCGCUCAUCGUCCGCUCCGCCGCCUGCUCCCGGGGCUACGUCAUCAGGCCGGACUCCUCACCCGACGCUGCGCCGCCACUCAUGCCAUCGGGCUCCAGCGCUGCGCCGCUGUCAGAUGCGACGGAUGCUGCCGCCAAAAGGGCCGUUCUUGCUCCCAGGAACGGCCCCGAGGCCGCGGCUCUGCCAGGCGGUUCCGCCGCGAAACGUCGGUUCUCGUCUCCGGCGCCGGCCAAGCAGCGAGAUCCGUCGCCGGCGGUGAAAGGAGCGUCCCGGGCGGCGUCUCCCUCUGUCAAGGGCGCCUCCCGAGCGUCGUCACCUGCGGUGAGGGGCACGUCCAGGUCGUCGUCGCCAGCCCCGUCCAAGUGUGUUGUUCCCAGCCUUGUUGCGGCCAAGGAGGAGAACCGUAGGGCCGCCAAGGAGCCAGCCAUUAUCGUGCCAUCGAGGUACAGGCAACCUUCACCAGCAGGAGGGAGAAGGGGCGCGGGGUCACCAGGUGGCGGAGGAAGGCGGGGCUCCCUCUCACCCGGUUCCCGGCGGCUCUCGGGAGAAGGGGGCAGCAAGAAGAAGGUCGGGGUGUUGGUGUCUGGUAUAUCGAAGAUGACGGAUUUGGGUAGCGGGUCGGCCAUGAAGCCGGUGAGGAAGAGUUGGGAUGAGUCGGCAAUGGCUCUUGCAGCUGCGGCUGCAGGCACGGUGAAGAAGUCCAAGGUCAAGGUGGACAGAGAUACUAUUCUGAGGACUCAGGAAGCAAUGUCACGGCGACUUAGCGACGCUACAGCAGAGCUAUCCAGUAACGAUGACUCCUCUGUUGAUGAGAAGCCAAAACCACCAAAGAAGACAGUGUCUAGUGCAAUGAAGGCAAAAACAGCAGCUCCGAAAAUCAUACUUCAUGAUGCUAAAUGGACUGAUGGCAGCAUUCCACUGGUUGCAGUUUCUGAUAAACUUUCAAAGAUCGGAAAGGAAGCUACUGAACGGAGAGAUGCAGCAGCAACCGCUGCGGCUGACGCUCUGCAGGAGGCAUUGAUCACUGAUUCAGUUAUCCGAAAUCUAAGCAAGUUCUCUGAACUUUGUUCGUUGUCGAAGACUGCGAACCCACUCCCCACCGUCGACUGUUUCCUUGCUGUGUACGAAGACACUUUCAAGUGGAAGAAAACCGCCGAGUCCAUGGCCACCACCAACGGAGCAGAUGAAGCUGCACUCUGGGAGAAAUCAGCUACUCAUUGGGUUGAGGCGGCAUUAGCAACCGAGCUGGAGGUCCUCAAGCUGGUUAACAGUGCCACUGGAUCCAUCUACCAGAAGAAGAUCACUGAAAAGACCAAGGCUCCCCCUGCAGUGGAGCCACCAAGAACAGGCAUGUCCAAGAGGCCAUCUCUUGGAGCUUCUGCAAAGGUCCAGUCCAGGGUAUCACCUCUCCCUUCAGCAGCAUGGCCUAAAACUCCGGGCAUGAACGAGACGGUUGAGCUUGCCAACACCUUGUGCCGCGAGAUGCAUGUCUGGUUUUUGAAGUUUGUGAACGAGGCCAUGGACGUGGGCUUCCACCUGUUUGAAGAUCAGAAUAUGGUUACCAGGGGAAAGCAGAGCGGCCAUAUCACGGUGGUCCUGUCGCAGUUCAAGAAGAUCAGUGACUGGCUGGACGGAGUCGGUAAGGUCGCCGACGAGGACGCGACCAAGGAAACUGUGGAGCGGUUGAAGCGCAAGAUCUACCAGUUCGUCAUCAGCCGCAUGGGGUCUGCCUUCGAGACCUCGGUCUCAGUUUCAGCAAAAAGUUGACCGGAUGAUGCUUCAAGCUCUGAAGUUUCUUUCUUAGCUCGCGUUUCCAUUAUUUUGUCGGGAUGAGACCACAAUUCUAGGUUGUGGCAAUGGUAUAGACCCGUUUCAUGUUUCUCAGCUUGGUCAUGAUGUGUGAAUAAGUUUGUUUGUCUUUCUGUCUUUCACCUUAA